AUGGGCGCAUGCAUGAGCAACGGCACCAAUGAGGAAGGAGACCAGAAGAAGCGCAGUCAGAUGAUAGAUCGCACGUUGGAGGAGGAUUCGAAGAAGCUGCGGCGAGAAUGCAAGAUCCUGCUACUAGGCUCCGGCGAGAGCGGGAAGAGCACGAUAGUGAAGCAGAUGAAGAUCAUACACCAAAAUGGUUACACGCGCGACGAGCUUGCUCUCUACCGACAUACAAUCUACAAGAACCUUAUCGAUUGCGCGAGAGCACUGGUGAGCGCGAUGCGACAAUUCGGCGUUGAAGUUAAUGAUGCGCAAAACAAACAACACUGCGACUACAUUAUGGAGUACGCAGUAGAUCCGGACACGCAGCAACCUCUCGAUCCCAGAGUAGGCGAAGCGAUAGCGAGCGUAUGGCAGGACAAGUGCAUAUCGCAGGUGUUCGAGCACCAGAACGAGUUCUAUCUCAUGGACUCGGCGCCAUACUUCUUCGAUGAGGUGAAGAGGAUAGCGGCACCGGACUACAUACCUACAGAGGCGGAUGUCCUGAGAGCUCGCACGAAAACGACCGGUAUCUACGAGACGCGGUUUCAGAUGAAUCAGUUGAGCAUACACAUGUUCGAUGUCGGCGGGCAACGGAGCGAGCGUAAGAAGUGGAUACACUGCUUUGAGAACGUUACUUCGAUCAUCUUCUGCGUCGCACUGAGCGAGUAUGAUCAAGUACUACUGGAGGAGAGCAGCCAAAACCGCAUGAUGGAGUCACUGGUCCUCUUCGACUCCGUCGUGAACUCAAGAUGGUUCAUGCGGACAUCGAUCAUCCUCUUUCUCAAUAAGGUCGACUUGUUUCGCGCGAAGCUGAAAAAGUCGCCUCUGGUCAACUACUUUCCUGACUACCAGGGAGGCGACGAUGUCAACCGUGCAGCAAAGUACCUGCUAUGGCGGUUCAACCAGGUAAAUAGAGCACAUCUCAACCUCUACCCUCACCUCACACAAGCGACCGAUACCUCGAAUAUACGCUUGGUCUUCGCCGCCGUCAAGGAGACGAUCCUCCAGAAUGCGCUCAAGGACUCUGGCAUCUUAUAG